GCCAACAAAUAUUCAUUGGUAUGGCGGCGUUUUUAAAUGCCUGAAUUUGUAAAGUUAGAUACAAACGUUUAGGGUAGACUAGGAAUACAUAUUUUCAAAAACCAGUGGAAUUUUAGAACUUUUCAAAGUAACUUUUAUCAAUAAUCAUGUCUGGAGAACUUGAUCUUGUAUCACAUCGGGCAGAAAUAUUUCGCUCAAAACUCAUUGAAGACUUUCAUUUGUUGGAUGGAAUGGAUGAAAGAGGAAAGAUUGAAGCUCCAAAAUAUUAUUCAAAAGAUGCUUCAGAUCCUCUUAAAUUUAAGAAGAUUUUGUUUGAGAAUCCUACUGGACUGGUUCGCUUUCAAGUGUAUUCAAGCAAAGAUAAAGUGGUUCUCAGCAAAACGGACAGAAGGAGGAAUAGGCUGGUCAAUAAAAAUACAAAGAACCCACCUUUGAACAUGUGGGCAGACUGGAUUGUUGAAAGUUCUUGGUUCCAGAAUACAAUUUUGGGAAUUAUUUUGCUUAACACUGUUGUCUUGGGAGUACAAGCAGAGAUAAGUGAAAACAACUCUCCUGAUGUCAAACACCUACGUACCAUUCUAGAUAUAUUUGACUAUGUAUCUCUAUUUGUGUUUGCUUUGGAGAUUUUUCUCAAGUGGAUUGAUGAUUUUAUUACAUUUUGGCAAAAUGGAUGGAACAUAUUUGACUUCUUGGUUACCUUCUUGUCUUUCAUCCCAGAGAUAAUGAAGUGGACCUCUCCAGUUAAGAAUGACUCUGUAACCUCAGAACUUAGUGUAAUUGCUGAUAAUUUGAGAGUUUUCAGAAUUCUCAGAUCCUUGAAAAUGGUCUCACGUUUUAGACAAGUACGUUUAAUUGCACUUGCAGUUGCUAAGGCCUUUCAGUCCAUGAUGUUCAUUUUGCUGCUCUUGUCUAUUUUUGCCUAUAUAUUUGCCAUAGCAGGCGUGAUCUUCUUUGACCAGCAUUCCCAGUCCAACAGAACUGAUUUGCUGUAUAAAUCGAGCUUCAGCAGCCUGCUGGCAGCGUUAACCACUCUUUUUCAACUGUUAACUUUGGACCACUGGCAUGACAUAUAUAAAGAUGUGACGCAAGUGGUAGAUCCCAUGUUUUCUGGCUUCUACAUCAUAUUGUGGAUUUGCAUUGGAUCCUUUAUUUUCAGGAACAUUUUUGUUGGCAUUAUGGUCAACAAUUUCCAAAGUAUAAGGAANUUGACAGCUUUGCUCAGCCUGCUGGCAGCGUUAACCACUCUUUUUCAACUGUUAACUUUGGACCACUGGCAUGACAUAUAUAAAGAUGUGACGCAAGUGGUAGAUCCCAUGUUUUCUGGCUUCUACAUCAUAUUGUGGAUUUGCAUUGGAUCCUUUAUUUUCAGGAACAUUUUUGUUGGCAUUAUGGUCAACAAUUUCCAAAGUAUAAGGAAUGACUUGUUUAACGAAGUGCUAGAAAUUGAAGAGCUAAAACAACAGAACGAGAAAAUUGAAAAACUAAAUGAAGAGUUGGAAAAACAAGACCAGUUAUUAAAAGGGCAAAGAGAUCAAGCACAUGCUGUGAUAUCCCAAUCAAAGUUGUCAUCUACUGAUGAAACUCAGACACCAGGGGACACCUUGAAGCCAAGGGAUGAUGGAAAAACAAAAGAUAUGCAACUAGAAUACAAGGAACUCAGCAAUGCUCUCAGCAAGCAGUUUAUAGCAGGUGACAGAAGUACAAAGACCUGGCAGGCCACAGUGUUAGAGAACAUGGAAACAUUGUGCAAGAAUCCCAUAGAUACCAUCUGGCCCCGAGAUACCUUGUUCCGCUACUUUUUACUGAUGGAAACACUACAGGAGAACCUCACAGAGAGGCAGGAGAUUUUGAAGUUGGCAGAUCAGUGUAUUUUAAACAUGCACGAUACCUAAGAGAACAC